CUUUACAUUUUACAAGACUUCCGCUGUCUUACUAGUCUACCAUUCCAGCAAAGAUCCUGGACCAACACUUGAGGAUUUGCCAAGUGUUCGUGUUUAUAGUUUUAUACUUAGUCUAUUACAACACCUGUCGAUUUAUUUCAUGGUAUGAGAGCUAUUUGGAAUUAAGACUACCGUCAAAUAUGACUGGUUCAACAUCAGCACCAUCUGCUGGAUCAGUUACUGGGACUACUGGAGCACAUGCCUCCACUACCACUGCUGGUCUCUCAGCUUCUGGGCACUUUCCACCAGCCUACGCUAAUAUCGGUAUGCAGAAUCCGCCUCCUGUGAAUACUCCAGGUGCUCCAUCGACUGCACCUGCAACGCAACAGCAACAAUCACAGACAACAGCACAGCAACAAGCAUCAGUACAGCCACCAGUUUCAACGCAAUCAAUUUCAUCUGUGUUCAGUGGAAUGAGCCUUGACGGCUCAAGUUACAUGCGUGGAGCUACAGCUCCAAAUACUGGUUCGUUCGCUUUCUCACCUUUCGUACAGCAGCCGCAGUCGCAGCAGUUUCAGCAUCCCUUUUGUGUCUUCGGACGUCCUCCUGCUCAGCAACCACAGCAAGUACAGCAACAGCAACAAUAGCAACAGCCAUGCAUUGUUUUUCAGCCUCCAAAUUUACUUAAUAAUACUCAGAUCAAGACAACCGUACCUUUUAAUGGUGUUGACUUCUACUCCUGGAGCUUUGAGUUUGAACUUCUGGCGCAGUCCGCUGGGCUAUGGCCGUUCUUUACUGGCGAAUUUACGUAUCCUGUCGUGGGAACACAACUGGAGCGGCAGAGUUUCUUGCACGCCUCUCUCGGAGCGUAUACAGUUCUUGUACGGAACUUGUCGCCGAAGGAGCAGCUCGGCGUUUGAUAAUUUCACUCAAGUUUCACACCAGCCGAAACUGCAUGGAAUCAUCUGAAAGGGGUAUACAUGGCAAAAGAUACGAUAAUAGUGAGUAAAAUACUUUCGCAGCUGACAAGUGUGCAGAUGAUGACAAACGAAAACGUCAUGGACUACGUUAACUGCGUCCGUACAUUACGUGACCAACUGGAGAAAAGUGGGGGAUACUUCCCUCGUGAGAUGUAUCUCACGGUACUUCUGGCUGGUCUUGGACCCGAAUGGCGUAAGACGCGCGCCUUCCUGCGCAUGAACCAGUAUCUUUGUUAUUCAACCAGCAUCCGUAGGAUGACGUCAGCAAAUAGCGCUCGUUAUAGGACAGUCGUUUC